AUGAAGGACUCCUGUGUUCUGGGCACACUCACCUUGAUCUUUGGCCUGCUUUCCAGUCUCCAAGGAGCAACCACCAAUGAGGGUGUAAACACAUGUGACAGCUUAAGCUGCCCCAAAGGAUUCACAUGCUGUGACAAUGAAUGCUGCCCAGAAAGAAAGGUCGGGGAUCCUGCAAAUAACCCCUUCAGGGUCCUGUUCAUCGUCUUAUUGGUCAUCAUCGAGCUCUUGUACAUCUGUGUGCUAGUGGAGUGCUUCUGUCUCCACUAUAGAAGCGAGCAGCAUGAUGUCAGAACAGGGGAUCCACAGACUACCCGAGAACCGCCCUCCAUUGCUCCCCUAGAGAGCAUUUGUGUCAGCUCCUUGGAUCCCCCAUCACCUUACAGUCAGGUGUGUUUUUCUGUCCCAAUGCCUAAUGAUGAGACCAGGUGCGAUGCCACUUCUAAGGAUAAAUCUGCAGAGAGGCCCACACCAAAGCUCACAAAGAUGCAGAUGCGCACCUUCUGGUGCUCUGGACCGGGUGGGGUGUGA